AGCACAUUAGGCAAACACAAUUAGUCUAUGAACAGCAAAAAGGCAGGCGACAACGGCCACUAAUCGCAGUUAAGCACUCGGACGGACGCCUGGAGCAUGCAAUCCGACGGGCAUGCCAAUUGCCGAUGACCGUUCAAGCUGCUCGCUGCCUGCUGCCUGCUACCUGCUGCCUGCUGCCUUCUCCAACGGAAAGAACGAAAACUAGGUGAGCAUUGGAUAUGCGCCUGCAAAUGCGACGCACGCUAACUCUGGUGCUGCUCUGCCUGUUCCUGUUCGGUGCGCUGAUUUACAAGAUUAACAAUUCGCCGCUGGUGAAUCAGAAUGGCAUAUUGCGCGAGUACCUGGUCGGCGGGCAGGUGGGCGUGGCCAGGCGACCAGCGACGCGUACGAUUCUGUUGUGGAGCAGCUUCUUUGGCAAUCGGCGCUGGAGUCUGCCCUACGAUACGCUCGGGCCGCAACAGUUUCGAGAGGAUCUCGGCUGCCCGGUGUACCAGUGUGAGCUGAGCAAUCGACACGAGUACCUGCCCAGCCUGGAGCUGUACGAUGCCAUCGUCUACCAUGUGGCGCAGCCGUUUCCGGUGCUGCUGCCGCUGCCCGCACGCCGCAGUCCACAUCAGGCGUACGUCUUCGCCCUGUUGGAGCCGCCGGGCGAGACCAAGCACCGGCUGAGCGACGAACAGCAUUUCUAUAAUCUGACCAUGACCUAUCGCCUGGACUCGGACAUCGUCUGGCCCUAUGCCCACGUGCUGGACACGCUCACAGGAGCACGCAUAGCGCCCGCGCCCUUUCCCCACUGGCGUCAGCCGCCAGCCCUGGGCAGCUGGAACGACAGCACUGUCGCGAGUCUGUGGCACACCAAGACCAAGAUGGCCGCCUGGUUCGUGUCCCACUGCCAGACGCUGUCGGAGCGGGAACAGCUCGCUGCCGCACUGCAGAAGCACAUCCAGGUGGACAUCUACGGCAAGUGCGGCACACUCAACUGUGCACGCGACGAUCCGCACUGCAGCGAGAUGCUGGACACGGACUACAUGUUCUACCUGGCCUUCGAGAACUCGCUGUGCACGGACUAUGUCACCGAGAAGCUGUACGAUGCACUGCAGCGCCACAUAGUGCCCGUUGUGUUUGGCGGCGCCAACUAUAGCCGCUUCCUGCCGCCGCACUCGUACAUCGAUGCGAAUCGCUUCGAUAGCGUUGAGGAGCUGGCGCAGCACAUGCGCUUCGUGGCUGCCGACAAAGCGGAGUACAUCAGCUACUUCUGGUGGCGCGAGCACUAUCACCUGGCGACUUUCUCGCCCUUCUGUGAGCUCUGCGCUCGCCUCCAUCAGCCCAGCUGGACGCACAGGACCCAGAGCUACGACAACAUUGAGUCGUGGUGGUUCAACGGCUGUCGGCUCUCCUCUCACAUACGGCUCUGAGCAGCGCAGCAAUAGCCGGACGCCCAUGAGACUGAAAGGAAUGCAACUAUGCCGAAUGCCAGUUGUUAGAGUGAGACAGAACAUGUCGAUAAGGAGCACUAAGAAAGAAAAUUCCAUAGAGACAAGAUGUGGUCACAUACUGAUUAGCUCUAAGGGGCGUAUGCGGCACGCCCACACACA